AACGUGUCUGAAUAAAGACAUCUUUUUGUCUGCGCUUGAAAGAGGCAACAGGGCACCGAGCCGAGGCUCCGUGGUGCUGAAAGGACAGCUCCCCCGCUUUCUGACAGCUGCAGAUAUGUUCACCCGGAUGUUAAAGCUGAGACUGCUUAAUGCAGUAGCGCCUGCGUACUUCUUUGCAGCUACAACAGUCACAUUUAUUUUACACUUUUGCCUCUUCAUCCCGACUAUCUUCCCCAACCCGGACACAUCGCUGAAGAUCUCCACAGCCCUUCACACAACUGUUUUCCUUUUCCUGAUGUUUAAUGCUUUGGGGAAUUACAUAAUGACAAUCAAAUAUCCGGCCGAGAGUGACAACGAGAUUGCGAUUCCUGUGUGUUCGCCAAGUUGCUCGGACAAAGUGGAUUCCCACUACCUACUUAAUGGCCGUCAUUUUUGCAAACUGUGCAGGAAGGUCAUUUUCAGGAGGGAUCACCACUGUUUUUUCACUGGAAACUGCAUCGGCAACAAGAACAUGCGUUACUUCAUCAUGUUCUGCAUCUACACAUCAUGCGUAUGCAUGUACUCUUUGGUUCUUGGCGUGGCCUUCCUGACAGUCGAGUACUCCAUUUCCUUUGAGAACCCGUUGACCUUCCUGACCCUUCUCCCUCUCUCCACCACCUACUUCUUCAUGGGCACAAUCUCUGGCCUUCAGCUGUUCCUAGUGCUGAUGCUCUAUGUAUGGCUGGGCAUUGGCUUGGUGUGUGCAGGUUUCUGCUGCCAGCAGGUGCUGCUGGUGGCCCGGGGGCAGACCUGGUGUCAAAUGCAGAGAGGGGAGCUGGUGGACAACCGCAGCCCCUGGAGAGCAAACCUCAAGGAUGUGUUUGGCGCCCGCUGGAUCCUUGGUCUUAUUCUGCCUGUGCAAACAGUGGAGAUGUAUUCUGAAGACACAGAUGAACUCAAACAAGACUGACAGUUGUCUAUUUGUCUCAGUAAGAGCCACUCUUAGGUCAACCAAGUGAUUCAUUUAGUGAAAAAAUAGUUUUUCGGCAUUUACUGUAGGUGGAAAUUAAUUUUUAAUCUGUAUGGAUGCUUUAUGAUGUUUGAAUUUUACAAUAAGAUAGCUGAUAGUUUCAUCCUCUUACAGGUAGGAACCACAUAAGCAAUGUGAAAUAAGUGCUUAGUAGAAAUGUUUAUUCUUAAAACGGCAUUUCUAAAGGCAAUAUUAUAGGAUUAAUAAGUUAUGUUGUACCUUCCUCCAGAGUCUGGAAAACCAAUCAUCUGUUUUUAUCCAAUCAGUAGUCUGACUUUACAGCAUCCUCUCAGUAUAUCCAUAGCCUUAGUAAAGAUGUGUAAAAAGGCCUUAAAAUAAAUACAGCUUUUAUUGCAAUAGCAUAAUCCUAUAUUAAAUAUUUAAGAAAAAUGCAACUCAUCCUCUCAACCAUUCCAUAAUAUUGAUUUUGUGUCCAGUUAGUGAUUAUGCAGCUUUUCCUAUGAAGCCAUUCACCUUAACAGGUUUGCCAGAGUCUUUGGAAGCGAUACAGGCCUGCAGCUCUAUAGAUACUUAAGAUGCUUGUCCACAUAUACUUUGUUUCAAACCCAUGCUUGUUACAAAACACUCCAUAUUAAGGACAUGGCUCCUUUAAACUCUCUGUAAUCUUUAAUGAAGCUGAGGUAUUGAUGUUUGUAAUGUCAAGACAGAAAAGUACAUUUCUAGCUUACAUCCCAAAUUUCCAUGUUAAACUUUUCCAAGUGUAUUUGUGUUGUUUAGUUUUCAAGUAGCCACUUCCUGACUGAAGAUCAGCACACGUCUGCCUUACAUGAACGGCAUAUUUUUUGUCUUUCCUAUUCUGAAUAGAUGAAAGAAGUGAUAGUAUGUAAACAUUUUCCCCAAAAAUAGGAAAAGUGGCACAUCUGUAAUUUUAUUAAUUCUAGAUACAUGAUCUCCCUUCAAAUAAUUAUUUUACUAAAUUUUCAAUGUGCUGUGACUCAAGGCCUCACUUUUACACGUCUCUUUUUGGCAUUAAAAUAAACAAGGUGGGUGCUUGUUGUGUUUUACAAGCAAGUUUCCAAGCAAUAUUAUAUGGUUGCCUUGAAAGCUUUGUGCUAUAUAACCGCCAGUACCAUGCAGUGUUCUGAGAUUAUCUUUCCUAACCCUAAUUUGAUUCUACAGUUUGACAAUAAGGAAACCAGGGACAGUUUUCACUGUUAAAUUAAGGGCUAACAGAUGAAGAAAGAAUUGGCAGCAUAAACAGCCAGACUCCGCAGGACUGCUUGAGUUGAGCCUGGGGACAUUUUCUACUCACACUAUUGUUAUUCUCAAUGAAAAUUGUUGACGGAAAUGGAGAUUAUAAUAUCCAGGGUAUUAUUCACAAUGUGCCAUCCUUAUAGGCGAAGAUUUGGUAUCUUCUUCCUCUGCUAAUGACAGGAUAAGCAGCAUUAGAACAGGAUUUUAUUCCCCGUUUCUGAUGCA